UUGCACUGCCUGAUGUUGGAAUAUUAAAGCUAAGUGGAAUUCCCUAGAUAUCAAAAUGAUAGACUUCAACAAUUCUCAAAUAUUACUCAUCUUUUUCUGUUUCCCGUUCUCGUUUCGAUUCAUAUUGAUUCCUACUCCUGCCUGGCAUCCCUUCAUAUCUCUCCACUCCACAGCGCCUCAAAAUGUCAAACUUGACUCAUUCCUAUGGCAAUGGAUCUGGCUACGGUAAUGCAACUUUGCUCAUGAACCCUCAUUUAUGCACACUUGAUACUUGUGAUCUUUCAUUGGCAAGUUUUCAGUACCUGCCCACUGUCGUUGGGAAUACCCUUUACGCCGGUUUGUUUGGGAUCUUUUUGGUUGCACAAUUGGGACUGGGAAUCAAAUUUAAAACAUGGGGAUAUAUGGUGGCUAUAAUGCUUGGAUUGGUAUGUUCUAUACUUUACUCGCGACCUUCUCGUUACAUUCUACUUGGGAGUGCAUGGUCCAUGAAAUGACUGACAAGAAUCAAAAUGCUAACUUUCUUAACCCUUAGAUUCUAGAAGUCAUCGGUUACAUAGCGAGAGUUCUUAUUCAUAAUUCUCCUUUCGACAACAACUACUUCCUAAUGUACCUCAUCUGUCUAACCAUCGCUCCUGCCUUCCUCACGGCAGCAAUCUACCUCUGUCUAUCCCGAAUCGUCAUCCUAUAUGGCCAAGAAAUCUCUCGCUUCAGACCAGGAACAUAUACCAUCAUCUUCUGCACCUGCGAUAUCAUCUCGUUAGUCCUUCAAGCCGUUGGUGGAGCUAUUGCUUCACUUGCCGACACAAUUGAUCAGAGUGACUUGGGAAAAAACAUCAUGUUAGCAGGUCUCGCCUUCCAAGUAUUUUCUCUCAUCCUCUUCACCAUCCUGUGCACAGAUUUCGCUUGGAGAGUUCACCGCGCAAAAGGUUUCUGGAAUGCUCGCUACGUCGAUCUCGUCUCUUCCUUACUCUUUAAAUCGUUUCUCGCCGGACUUUUCUUGGCAACUAUCACAAUCCUCGCUCGUUCCAUCUAUAGAUGUAUAGAACUAUCAGGUGGUUUCCAUGGUUCUCUUUUCGUGAGCCAUGAAGCGGAAUUCAUGGUUUUAGAAGGUGUUAUGAUUGUUUUGGCGACGGGAGCACUUACUUUAUUACAUCCGGGAAUCGCUAUGCGAGGAGCGUGGACGGAGGUAAAUUUUAAAUUUAGAAGUAAGAACCAAGGGGUGAAACAUUUGAAGAGGGAGAGUGCUGGGAGUGAUAUUGAGAUGCAGAGUGGGAAGAUGUUCAUGACGGAGAGAGAGGGGCUAUAAGUUGUGGUAGUGUUGAUGUAGAGGGGGUUUUUUUGUGGUUUAUUAUUUUCCUUCUACAGCAUUUAUUUUAUUAUCUGUACGUCACAUCGAAUAGAAAAGAUGGAAUGUCAUAUAUACUACUCGAGGAGUAUUUACGGGACAAAACUAUGUGGUUGUUUAGAGUUCAUUUUCUACUAUAGAUUGCAUCGUUGAUUGCACUGAUAUUACUGUUAUAUACAUUCUUAAGCUAAACCUUCUCUUGAUAUUCACU